GGGGGCUGGCUAUAGGGUGACACAGAGCUGCUGCCCAUUCCGGCCCCACCCCUUGCCAGGAAACGCCUCCCCGCCCGCAGUGACCACAUCCCCCAGCAGGUUGCCUGGGAAACGCUCCGCAGGGGCUGGGGGAUCCAGGGCACAGUUGCCCAGCAACAGGUGGUGCCCUCCCUUCCGCCCUCAUGUGAGGCAACUGUCCAGCACCCUCUGCUCACACAGGAAGAGCGGCUCCGACGGAGAGUCAGGAGCCCGGGAUCCACCGCCUAAGGUGAGGAGCACAGGAGGCCCCUGAAGAUGGGGGACCAGGGGGCCCGCCAGGAGAUGCCUCCAACCCCAGAGCCGCCCUCGGGGCAGACAGAAGCCUCCUCAUGGGCCCCGCUGCCCUGUGGACCCUGCAUCCCCAUCAUGGUGGCCCUGGCCACGCUGGCAGCCGUCUUCCUCCUGGCCACAGCCGUGCUGGCCGAACGCCUGUUUCGCCGCUCCCUCCGGCCAGACCCCAGCAUCCGCGCACCCACCCUCGUGUGGCGCCCCGGAGGAGAGCUGUGGAUCGAGCCCAUAGGCACGCCUCGAGAGCGCUCUGAGGACUGGUAUGGCUCGGAGGUCCCCCUGCUGACGGACAAUGCCCCAGACCUGCCAGCCCAGGGGGGCACCUUGGAGGCACGAGCGACAGCCCCACCCUCCCCCUCAGCCCCACGCCCCCCUCCCAGCAGCCUGGUCUCCCAGACCCCAGCCAAUGCCCCAAACCGGAGCACCUUCUGGGGGCCCCAGGUCUGGGACGAGAGGCCCCAGGCCCCAGGCCUGGUGAGCUGGGCUGAGCCUGAACAGAGGCCAGAAGCCAGUGCAUAUCCCGGGAGCCCCCAGGCUCGGAGGGUGCGGCCAGGAAGCCCGGAUCUUGAGUGGGGCCUGCAGCCUCGGGUCACCCUGGAGCAGAUCUCAGCAUUCUGGAGGCGUGAAGGCCGAAGCAGCGUGGGUUUCUGAAUUCCCAGGGCCUGCCUGGAGGACUGGCCUUCCAGAGACCCUGGGGGGAGGCCCAACCUCAGAGGGAUCUUAAGAUCCUGAGGCUCCCAAGAACUCGAGCUGACACCUGAGGUCCCCUUGGAGGAAUGCCCUUCCCAGGCCUUUUACUUGUGGAUUUCGGUUCCCCUGGAUCUGGGCCUGGGAGGCCUGGAUGUGGACAGAGCAGGAACUCAGUGGUGUCUUUGCUUAGCUGUUGAGGGCUGUGGCACAGAAAACUGGAUUUGGGGCUGUCUCUGGUGACUCAGGCAGUAAAGAAUCUGCCUGUGAUGUGGGAGACCCAGGUUCGAUCCCUGGGUCGGAAAGAACCCCUGCAUAAGGAAAUGGCAACCCACUCCAGCAUUCUGGCCUGGGAAAUCCCACGGACAGAGGAGCCUGGCGGGCUACAGUCCAUGGGGUUGCCAAGGGUCUGACACAACUGAGUGGCUAAUACUGCAUCAGAAGCUGCCAAGAUCACACUUUGGAUUAAGAACUCAAGGUUCCAGACAGGAAGGAAAUAGCAUCAACACAGCGGCUUCCUCCCUUCUUCUGCGUGUGCCUGAGAUGCCGACACCGGAGUGAAGGGUCCUAUAGAUGCUGAAGAACAGACUGUGGUGAUGACGAGUGUCAGCCACUAGCAGGAGAGACAGGAAUUCAGCUUCCCAGGCCACCCCCCAUCCCAGCAGAAAAACACAUACAGAGAGGUCAACAUCCAACAGAGCAUCUUAUUAGAUACAAACUGUGGCUUUGGCCCCCAGCUGGUGACAGGAGGCCCUCUCUUGCCUGCAGUGGGAUCUACAGUCUGAAAAAGGCCAGCAGGCAGCAAGUCCUCUUGAGGCGUCCCAUCUUAGCCCUCUGGAUCUUACCCCUCCACAAGUGGGGAGGCCCGAUCCAAGGAGAUCUGAGUUUGAUCCAGUGCGGAAGGAACACUCUCCUGGAACAAGGCAGCUCCUAAAACAGCGUCCCUGGCCAUCUUCCCUCCCAGCUUGUUAGCCAGAGCUGCCCCAAGAUGGGCUUACUUAUAAUGCUCCACCCCACAAAAAUGGAGCCCCCAUAUCUGUAUCAGCUGACCUCCCCUUUGGGCAUGGAGCCAAGAGUUGGGGGUGAGGUGGGGGCAGGCUAAGGAAUUUCCAUUCCCUGGGAUCUGACUUCUCAAACCUCAGUCCUGAAUGUUAGGAUUUCUGCCAUAUCAGUUGACCACCUGUACUUUAUAUUUUUCUUUACACAUGGCUUACUGUUUGCUUAAUAAAUUUAUUUUACAAGAA